AUGACACAAGGGACCAAACACAGAGACUCACAUGGAUUUUCCGGCCAGAUGCCCCUCUCCAGCUGCCUUCUCUCACCAUUUAUCAAGGAUUUGGACCAGGACCAGAAUGGCUCGGCCUUAAGCUUGCCUGCCCCGGCGACCCCAAUGGCUUUCUCCUCCUCCUCCUCCUCCUCCCCUCCUCCUCCUCCUCCUCCUCCUCCUCCUCCUCCCUCCUCCUCCUCCUCAUCCAUCCUCAAGAUUCGGCUCCACUCUCCCUCCUUCUCCUCUCCAAAUUCGGUCCCACUAUCCUCCUCCUCCUCCUCCUCCUCCUCCUCCACCCAGAACAAAUUCCGACCAGAAUGGCUCGGCCUUAAGCUUGCCUGCCCGGCUACCCCAAUGGGUAACGCAGUGACACAGUGCCAAAAUAAAUUGCAGAUACAGAAAGACACCAGCUGUAGUAGUAGUAGUAGUAGUAGUAGUAGUAGUAGUAGUAGUAGUAGUGCUGGGUCAGGAUUGCUGACGAUGGAGGAGAUAAAGGAUUUUAUGAAAUAA